CUCCUGCUUCCGACCUCGCCGACAUCUCAAAAUCCCCUGGGAACCUUGUGCUAAAUACUCCAUACUAUGUGCCGACAUUCACCCGUGGAUUCUGCUUUGCUCAACACCGAGACUGGGAGAUAGGAGUCCUCCCAAUGGCUUCCAUCUCACCGCAAGGCCCGUAUUCGUCCUCUCAGCCACAGGACGCGGGCAACGCCUAUAAGUACGAAGAUCCCACCGCAUACCAGAUCCCCUCUGGCUAUCCAACAAAUCAAUUCGAAGUCCCUCUGCCCGUCGCGCGUCCAGAACCAGAACCGCAACCCAGAGAACCCUCGAAGCCACAGUCUUCAGGUUCAUCAGAACCCAAAGUUCGUCUCCGAAAGGCCUGUGACAGCUGCAGUGUGCGCAAGGUCAAGUGCGACGAGACCGGUCCUCCUUGCAAAUCAUGCGCCGCCCUCGACAUUCCCUGCACCUUCGACCGUCCGAGUCGGAGACGUGGCCCGCCCAACAGACAUGCUGAAGCUAUCAAGAGACAGAAACUCGAGGGUGGGAACUUCGACGGCUCACGAAGCUCUCCCACUCAUGAUGCCGCCUACAGCCUUGCUGCCCUCGCCGCACCGACCCCGCUGUCCGCCGAGUCAAUAUGUGACCUACCGGCCUUGAAGGUUCUGCUGGACGAUUACUUUACGUAUAUCCAUCCAUUAAUACCUCUUCCACACGAACCCACGUUUCGAAGAUCAUUUGAAGCUAGAGAGGACAGAACAAAUCACAACUUCCUCGCGCUCAUUGCCGCCAUGGUUGAAUGCCUCGUAGCUAGUUUUCCGAGACGCCCCAGACAACUCUUUAUCACGGAACCAGGAAAGUCGCAGUUUCCCAACGCGGGGAGCUUGAUCGAUCGAUGCCAUCAAGUCUUCGUCGAAGCUCGCGGCCUUGGAUACAUGGAUCGCCCGAUGAAUCUGUACGACGCUAUUGCAAGCUAUCUCUCUGGACUGGCUGCUGGAUAUACCCUAGACAUCGCACGAAUGCGACUCUAUCUCGGCGAGUGUACCAUUAUUAUGCGGGAAUUGCAAUUCCACCGGCCAGAGAUCCAUCGGCCCGCUGUGACUCCGGCAGCAGCGUACGGCCCUGCCGACAUGCCCCGGCCGCCACUGGUUGACUACAUCUACCAGGAAUCCGGUCGCCGGCUUUUCUGGCUGUUGUUUGUGGGCGCAAUGUCGGCCCGACAGCUUGAUGAGGCUGAGGGUGACCUGUUGAUGCCUCCCGUAUCCCACGCGGAGAUGCUCCCACCCCUACCGGUCGAGGUCGAUGAUGAGUACAUCACUGAAACACAGAUUUUCCCCCAACCUCGAGGAGUCGUCUCUGAAAUGGUCGGGUUCAACCUCAAUGUCAAAGUCUUCCGAGCCUUUCACUUCUUGGCUGCCCUGGAAAUGGCGUUUGGUGCAAACAACGUCUAUGACUGGGAUCGUCAACGGCAAAUCAUCCGCCGCGCUCUUCAACACGUCAAGGAUGCUACGCGAGAUGCGCCUAAGGAAUUGCAGCUCAACCCGGCCAAUGGAUUCGGCGAGUGGCCUCCUACCCAAGCCGACAUAUCGGCAUAUUCCCACCUCUUCAAUGACCGCGAAGGAAGUGAGGGCGAUCCCCACGCCACCCCCGGCAGUGUCCGCGGAUCAUUCUCGAUGCCAUCCAAGCGAACAAUCCAGUUUGAGAUCCAGAAAGCGAAUAUAUACGCUACCCAACUUUCGUCGAGAUCGUACCUGGUAGAGAGGUUCUGGAACCUGUACGAGAUAGUGGAUCACGACAAGUUGACUUUUCCGUCGGAUAAGUCGGUCACAAGCUCGUCUCCCACGGCCGGGAUCGUGACAACGGGCAUGGAACACGGUUAUCGCCAGAUCGUCGGUCGUACCCCAAGCGACAACAUGAUGGACGCUGGAGAGCAGAUGAUGGCCGUUGAACGAGAAGACAUUGUGAGAGACAUGGCCCUGCUUCUGAAGAGCAUCAACCAGGUCAAUAUGGAGCCUAAUGGAAUGAGUUUCUGCAACAAGAUCCGAACCGUUGCGUCGACUUUGCUGGAGACCAAACGCGCCAGAAUGAGCGUCAUGCCCACGCUCGACUCCGAAAGUGUGAAUGCAUAUCUUCACGUGUUCCUCGAUAUCCUCUCCAAGUUGGAGCGCUUGGGUCCUGGCCGAUUCCGAGGUGUUGCUGAUGGCAACACUGGCGGCAUCCUACGGACGCCCGAGGAGAUUGAAGAGGAAGAGCUGAUCCACUGGGCGAGUCUGAAGGAGCAUCAGGAGCGAUUUGUCCGGACAAGCGGAUUUUGGUGAAGACUGUCCGAGGGUCUGCUUUUUGUGCAUAGUGUAAUGACUGAUGAUCUUUAUGGGUGUGAUGGGGGCUGGCUUGAUGAUGUAGCAGGGAAUAAUACAACAGGGGACCAGCAUUUGUUGCUAUUCGCGUGGAUGGACGAAAAGUGAAGCUUCAACCAAGGCUUGAUACCCCCUGGUGCCCCGUGGGAUGGUCGUCGAUCAGGGAUAUUGGCUGUCAGUGAUACAGACAUGAAGCUUUUGUCUAAUGACGACGCGCGGCAAUCUCACGCAUAGCUAGCUAUUGUUAUGACAGGGCUAGACAUAAUUGGCAUUAGCAUAUGAGUACAACAAAAACAUCGC